AUGGUCUCUUCACUCUGAACAAACACUGUUCCCUAAAUCUUCACUUUUGAAAUCCCGUGUUUGUCUUUCAUUUCUGGUUUCAUCUCUCUUCCUGUUCUGUUUUUGCAGAGAUCUUGUCAUCGCUUUGAUCUCUUCUUUCACUGUUUUGUUUCUGAGACUUCUUUGAUGCGAAUAUAACACAAAAAGAAGAAGUUGAUGAUGAUGUCGGAGUAUGUGGAUGUAAAGUACACGGAACACAGAGCCCUUGUCACAAAGUACGCGAAAACGUCGCCGGGGAAACUCCGGUCGGAAUCGAGGAUGGUUCGAAUCUCCGUGACCGAUCCGGAUGCCACCGACUCAUCCAGCGACGAGGGUGAGUCCCUGUUUCCUCGUCGGAGGGUGAAGAGGUUCUUAAACGAGGUCAGAGUGGAGCCAAGCUGUGUCGGUAACCACUCCGCUUCAGUUCCGGCGAAGGCACGGAAGCGGAUGGCGGUGGAGACGCCGUCGUCGCCGGUGAAGGUUUCCAUUAACUCCGGCGGGAGGAAGUUCAGAGGCGUGAGACAGAGGCCGUGGGGCAAGUGGGCGGCGGAGAUUCGUGACCCUGAUCAGCGGCGGAGGAUUUGGCUCGGGACUUUUGACACGGCGGAGGAAGCCGCCGUCGUUUACGACAACGCCGCGAUUCGCCUCCGUGGACGCGACGCACUCACAAACUUCGUCGUUCCUCCGGCGAUGAGACGGGACAAGUCAGAACCAGAGAAGCCGGAGACUAACAGUUCGACGGCGGUGGCGACGACGUCGUCGAGUUGCGAAUCCUCCGACGAGUCUCUUAAUCAUCUCUCGUCUCCGACAUCGGUUCUCAACUUCAGAACACAUUUGUCCGAAGAAGCCGAACCGAUCACAAAACCGGCCCCACCAGUUAAACCGGAGAUGCCUGAAUCGCCGUGGUUCCCGGAUGAACCGGUCACAAAACCGACCAUUCCAGUUGAAUCGGAUAUGCCGGAAGCACCGUGGUUCCAAGCUGGAAAAAGUAUAUCUGUCUCUUCCGACGAUUUGUUGCCGCUGGACAUUCCAUUUCUCGACAACUUCUUCAACGAGCCACCGGAGAUUUCCAUUUUCGACAAACCCAUGCCGGAGAUUAUGCCGGAAAAUGAUUUCUUCGCCCAUAUGUUUUUCGACGGAGGCAUUAACAUCGGAGGGUCCGAUCCUUUACCGGAGUUUAAUCUCGACGAUAUAAACGAUUUCGAAGAUUUAUUAGUAAUGCCCGAACCCUUAAGUGCUCUAUGAGUAACUUAGACCGGCGAUGUUUCAACGGCGGUCGGUUUUCCGAUGACAACUAUGUCCGGCGAGAGGAAUUUUGCGAGGAGCUAUAACCGGAUUUUUUUCUUGGGAGGUCGCAUUUGAGUGUUUUUGUUUAAUUAUUUGUUUUUGGAAUAAUUUAAUUUUUGUAAACCGCUUGUAAAAAACAGUUU